UAAAUAUUGGGUAAUUUUUUUACUGCGAAGUUAUUACGAAAACGUUUGGAUGAUUGUACUCCUGUUCUAUAUAUUUAAAUAUUUAGGUAAAGGUUACGUUACGUGAGAUAAGAGUAGAUGUAACGGAAACGUCUUUUCUAAUUUUUAAUAAAUACGGCUGUGAUCCAUAUUCCUAACAAUAUACUUUACAUCUUCUUCGAUUAAAAUUUGCCAAAAAUACUCGAUUUUUCAAGGAAAAAUAGCUUUAAGAUACGCGAUGAGUGUAGAAAAUAUAUCAAUUUUAGUUAAACAAUUUUCUAAUUAUAUACAGCAUGAUUGUAGAGGAGCCGAGAUAUUUACAUAUGGAAUUGCUUGCACUGGCUUAUUAACUGCAUUCUAUAAAGUAAGACCGUUUUCUAGAUUUACUAAACCAAACGAUGUGCCUAAACAUUUUUUCACAAAAAAAGUUUUAUUAGAAGGUACGGUAAAAAAUGUUGAAUUUGACGGAGUAUCAUAUCUUUUAGUAGAUCAUAAGCCAUUGAUUCCUUUACCAAGGUUAAAUUCAAAUUAUUUACCCGUUAAAAUAGCAGGAGUCAACGUAACUAGCAAUGGCAUUAAUUGGCUGCAAACAAUUAUUAAAGGGCAGAAAAUUACAUUUAUACCAAUUUCUACAGAUAGCAAAUUUCUAACAUGUAUAGUAAAUGUUCUUGAAAACAAUAAGGAACCUCUAUCCGCGGGAAAAGAGUUAGUUAAAAUAGGAUUCGGAACUGUUGAAGAAUUGCCAAGUAGUUCAGCAGCCGAUAAGAAUGUAAAAGUUUAUGUGAAAUCGUUAAAACUUGCCCAAAAAUGGGCGGAGCGACAACGAAAUGGCAUUUGGCAGAAAAAAAAUCCUCUAACACUUACAUGGAAACUUCGAAAUAUUUUAGAACAGAAAUUAAGGGCAAGGCUUCCAGUGAUAUUAGUGAAAUACUUUAACAUUUAAGUUGUAUUAUAAUAUAUGUACAUAACA